GCAGAGACGGGAUUGGCUCAUUAAGUAGGUUAGUGUACCGCUUAGUUAUGCCAGCCACAGGAAAGUAGGUCAUAGCGAAUGAUAACUACUAGUGCCGUCCACAUACGACUGGUCAUACAUGUGCUUUCCUGCCUUCUCCAUGUCCGGUGCCUGUUUGUGCGUUUCAACAGAAGUUAGAGGCACGAGGAGACGGCUGCUCUCAGAGAAUUGUUGCGGGACAGCCUCAGGAGAUGGUGAAGUAAGAGUGGCCGUUGUCAAUCUCUGUGACGAUCUGAUGGCAGACCAAAGAAUGGACAUCUCCUCCACGAUGAAUGAGUUCCUGUCCGCCGAUUCCACAGACCUGAUUUGCAGCUCAAUGGGUUUGGAUUACAAUCGCAAGAGAAAGAGCAGCUCCACUGACUUUGACAUUGAUGGAUUUUCUUUUGAAUCUGAAGCUUCAUGGAUGAGGUUCCUCAUCCCAAACUUACAUCACUCACAAUUUCCUGAGAUUGAAUGGGACUGUGUUGAUGACCAGGGUCGGAUGAAGAAUGCAAGGGAAGCUCACAGUCAGAUAGAGAAGAGACGCAGAGAUAAGAUGAACAGUUUUAUUGAUGAGCUGGCUUCUUUAGUGCCUACCUGCAACGCCAUGUCACGUAAACUGGACAAACUCACUGUACUGCGCAUGGCCGUCCAACAUAUGAAAACUUUAAGAGGUGCAGCAAACCCCUAUACUGAAGCUAACUACAAGCCUGCCUUCUUAUCAGAUGAUGAACUAAAGGACUUAAUAUUAAGAGCAGCUGAUGGUUUUCUUUUCGUCGUGGGCUGUGAUCGGGGAAAGAUUCUGUUUGUCUCGGAGUCUGUAGACAAGAUUUUGAAUUACAGCCAGAACGAUCUGAUUGGCCAGAGUUUGUUUGACUAUUUGCAUCCUAAAGAUAUCGCGAAAGUGAAAGAGCAACUCUCCUCGUCUGACACGGUGCCACGUGAGAGACUCAUCGAUGCUAAGACCGGUUUACCAGUUAGGGCAGACAUCGCUCUCGGCCCCUCUAGACCUCGCUCAGGGUCCCGCCGCUCCUUCUUCUGCAGAAUGAAGUGCAACAGACCCCUUGUCAAAAUGGAGGACAAAGACUUUGCCUCCACAUGCUCCAAAAAGAAAGUCGAUCGCAAAAGCUUCUGUACCAUCCAUAGCACUGGCUAUCUGAAGAGCUGGCCGCCCACUAAAAUGGGCUUAGAUGAAGACAAUGAACCUGAUAAUGAAGGCUGUAAUCUUAGCUGCUUGGUGGCCAUCGGCCGAUUGCAUUCUCACAUUGUCCCUCAACCCACGAACGGAGACAUCCGUGUGAAGCCCACUGAGUUUGUCUCACGCCAUGCCAUUGAUGGGAAGUUUGUCUUUGUGGACCAAAGGGCUACGGCCAUUCUUGCUUAUCUACCUCAAGAGCUGCUGGGCACGUCGUUCUACGAAUAUUUUCACCAGGAUGACAUCGGACAUCUUGCUGAAUGUCACAGACAGGUACUCCAGAUGAGAGAGAAGAUCAAAACUAACAGUUACAAGUUCAAGAUCAAAGAUGGAUCUGUCAUAACUUUAAGAAGUUGUUGGUUCAGUUUCAUGAACCCUUGGACCAAAGAAGUAGAAUACAUUGUUUCGACUAAUACGGUUGUCUCGAGCAGUUCUCCUGAAGGUUCAGAUCCUAGCUAUUCUCGGCUUACUUCCUCCCCCCAGAGUAUGGACAGUGUCAUUACAGCUGGCUCAGGGAAGCGUGCUCUUCAGACUGUGCCAGGAAUUCCUGGAGGCACGCGACCCGGGGCAGGAAAGAUCGGCCGCAUGAUUGCUGAGGAGGUGAUGGAGAUCCAAAGGAUAAGAGGCUCCUCCCCUUCAAGUUGUGGCUCAAGCCCCCUCAAUAUCACCAAUGGCACACCUCCUCCUGACACAUCCUCACCUGGAAGCAGGAAGAUUGCAAAUGGUGGAACUCCAGACAUUCCUUCUGCAGGACUGAUGUCCAGCCAGGACACCAUAGGAUACCCUUACUCCAACAGCUCUAUUUUAAGUAAUAAUUCACACAUUGGUAUUGGUGAUAUCAUGGAUGAGCCGGGCUCCAGCAGUCCCAGCAACGAUGAGGCUGCCAUGGCGAUCAUUAUGAGCCUGCUGGAGGCGGACGCGGGUCUAGGAGGACCAGUGGACUUUAGUGACCUGCCCUGGCCACUAUAAGAGGACUAUAGGAGACUUUUACUGACUUUCACAGAUGCAGUGCAAUAAAUUCAACGAGUAACCAUGGCCAAUUAUUUUGGUCAUGACCAGCUAUGACAGUGAUGUAGAGACAAGGUACAAGAUGUUUUGUCAGUCCUUUGAUUUUUGUUGGUCAGAAUAUGUUUUGCUCUGCCAAAAGUGAUGUUUUAUUGGUUUAAAAAAAUACUAUAUUUAGCUUAUAUUGAUUGUUUGGCACAGUACUGCACUUUCAGGACAGAAAAAUGACCUGCCACUUCAAUUUCACAAUCCAACAAAAAGCAAACUUAAAGCAAAUACAACAUACAAAAUACAGAAUAAAAGUUUCUUGUUUCCUGGAUAA